CGGCCAAGGGAGAGUUGGAGGGCUGACAUGGACAGCUGAAAGGACGGGGCAAGGUAAUGUCCAUGUUCCCAUCAAUUUUCCCUGCUGCCAGUUUGCUCCUGCUUGAUAUCUGUGACUUCACUGUAAAUCUUUCCUGUUGCUGACGUGGUCCUUGUGCCCCAUGUCAUUCAUGUUGCCUCACACUGGGCAGCCGGAGGAGCCUGAUGCCUCCCUGUUGCUUUGGGCAUUGCAAUGAAGUAGCUGUGUAUGUGGCUAAUGGAGUUUUCAAGAAGAAAGCUUGCUUUUGCAUCUAGCUGGUGGCCUGAGAGACUUCCACAGACCUUCCACUCUUUUUACUUGGUUGUAACCGGGAUGUUUGUUUGUUUUCUCAUGCUUGGAAAUAUCAAAAUUAUUGUUUUCUUAUUUCACAUAAGCUUAACUUUUAAUUAUGCUUUUUCUUACAAGAGCAUACGGUUCCUGGACGUGUUUCAAAUUAUGAGCUUACAUUGCACCCAUCCUUGGCAGCUCACAGCACAGUACCCCCAGAUAUUUAGCAAAAUAAUCUUAAAUGUCUGUGUACUGAUCCCAUCUCCUCUUCGGUGGUGUACUUUAAAACACUGCAGAGCCAUGUGUAGGCGUUCAUGUAGAUGAAUGGCUAAUCACCCUUUAUUAGGAACAGCCAGGUUGGAUGGAGCCCUGGGCUGCCUGAUCUAGUGGGUGACAACUCUGCCCAUGGCAGGGGGUUGGAAUUGGAAUGUUCUGUGAUUAACUUGAUGCUGUGAUUAUUACGAAGGGGUGGAAGAGGUUUCUCUGAUACAAAACAGGGAAUAAGUUCCUGCCUCUGCUCAUUGCCUACUGCCAUUCUGCCCUCUGCUCGGAGGUGAACUAUCACACAAGCAGGGAACUGUCCUUGUUCUGCUCCUGUGCUCUUAUCCAGAAAUCUUCCUUCUAAAUUGCUUUGUUUUACAAUAACCUUUCUCCAGUGUGUAAUGACAGCCUCUGAUGUUGUUAUAAAACUACUUGGAUUGGUUGCUUUGACUUUAUCAUGUUCGAUCUUUCCUGUUCUCUGAGUAGAAAGGAAAUAAGGAACAGUCCAGUAAGCAGCAAAGGCUUCCCUCUCAUUGCUUUGUCUCUGUUGGCAGCAUGAAGGAAAGCAGAAUGACAGCAGUGCUGUGGCUGCAAGACACUCAGGGCACUGCUAGUUGAAUUCUGAAACAAGCAGUGAGUCUGCAGAGCUCCUGGGAGUCCAACCCUUCCUGCCUUGGCUGAAGAAGAGGCAGCAAGCAGCCUGUUUCUGCUUGCAGGAUGACCAAGGCUGUGGCAUGUGGCAAAGCAGGGACAUUGAGGUCGGGCUUGUGCAGCAGGGCAGAGCUCUGAGGGAUCACUGCAGCCCCUGAGCCAGCACUGGGCUGCACUCAGGGAGAGGACACGAAGGCCUGAGGUGGCACAGCCUUGUCCUGGGCCUAGUGAUAUCUAGGCUUCAGUGGCCCACUCGUUUGGUACAGCUCUCCUAUUAAAUGUGCUGCAAGGAACAGAGCUUGUGAUAAGACAUGGCAAGCAGAUGCUGCAAUGUGAGGAGGCUUCCCAUCUGCAGGGGACUGUUCCCAUGGGGCAGUUAGGACAUCCAGUCAGAACCAAAAUGAGGAACAAACUAUGGCUCCAGAGUAUUUCCUUCUUCCUUUUAUUCCAGUACUCCACGUGUCACGAAAACCUCACUUGCUUUGUGGACUAUGUGCAGACCCUGUCGUGCCUCCUGAGGAAUGACCUGGGUGCCAGCCCGUACAAUAUCACUGCUACGUGGGUUGAUGAGGACGAUCCAGAGAACACUGUGGCAGCCUGCAGUCUCCUGGAGUUGUCCAGGAAUGCCAACCACACGGAGUACGUGUGCACUGUGGACAUGACUGAGCUGCUGGCAGACAUCAGAGUCCAGGUGGAUGCGACAGAGAUAGCUGACAGGCAGCACGUGAUUUCCAUAGGCUUUUAUAUGAAAGAUAACAUCAGACCACAGCCUCCGUUCAAUCUGACUGCUGUGUUCACAGAAGGUUACAACAUUUCUUGGGAAACCAUCCAUCAGAACCCUCUUUUCUACUUAUUGAAUGGGGAACUGGAGUAUCAGCUGCGUUAUAAGAGAAGGGCUGACACCUGGGAGACUCAGAAGAUCAAAUCUGUCCCCGAAGACAAACGGACAGUGGUGAUCCUGCCGCAGGAAUUCCAGGGGAACACUGAGUAUGAAUUCCAAGUGAGAGCCAGACCCCGAGGAGGCACUGGCUACUUCGGAUUUUGGAGUGAAUGGAGCUCCCGGCUGACACUGAAAACCAGCCCUGCUGCCGUGACACAGAGAGCAGGCAUGGGAUGGAUGCUAUUCUUUGUUGUUGCCAUGGUGAUCACUGCCUCAAUCACAGCCUUUCUGGCCAAGCAACAGAGCUUGUGGAAGAAGAUCGCUUGCAUCCCAGACCCAUCUGCCUUUUUCAAACCACUUUACCUGAUGUAUAAUGGAGAUUUCAAGAAGUGGGUUGGUACAUCCCAUAUGAAAAUGACCAUUGAUUUAUUUGAGUGGGAAAUUGUCCCUUCAGAAGUCCUAGAAGUUUUCAGCAUGCGUCCUUCCAACUGCACCUCACAGGAGGAGAUAAGGGAGUUGAAAAAUGAUCUGCCUUGCAAGCCCUGUGUGUCCUGCCUGACCACUCCAGUCCAAGACAGCCUCCUGUCAAGUGUGAACAGCAGCAGUGUGACUCCGGACCGCUCCUACGGACAUUUGUCCAUUGACACUGUGACAGUGGCUGAUGAAUUUACACCUUGUAACUGCCAGUGCAACUGUAACCGCAUGUACAAGGAACAAAAACAUAACGGUGAUGAGGAUAGCGCUGAAGAAAGCGGUUACCCCAAGGUUAACAUUGAUGAUGAAGACAGAAGGCCAUCCAGUGCCUUGCAUCUGUCUGACCUGAGCUCACAGGACAAAAUUCUGGCCUCGGGCUCUAUGUCCACAGAUCACCUGAGGACUACAGGUGCCCCAGGCCACCAGAAAGUUGAAGGGGCUUUGGAAGGAGGGAUGGGGAGCAUCCUAGAAGCCCUUUGCUUGCAUCCUAAUCAGUGGGAUUUGGAAAAUCCAGCAUCUCUACCUUCCCCUGAUGGUGAAAGUGUGUCCUACAGCGAAGGAUCCUGUGACUUUUUCCCUCGCGGUGCAAGGCCUGGUGGCAGUUACCCCAUGAUCUGCCUAGAUUUGGACACUAUUGACAGCGGCUUUGUGGACUCAGACUGUGGGAGUCCAGUUGACUUUGAAUUUGAGCAAAAUAGUCAGACCAACGCUGAGUCCGUUCCUCUUGAGCAGGAGGGGGAGGACUUUCCGCGGAGCUAUGUCAAGCAGUGGAUCUCCUGCCAUGCUGACAGCCCUGCCAGCGGGACUCAGACAGACUGAGGACUUGAUUUUGUUCUGCAGAGUCUAAGGCCUUUCCCAUACUGUGCCAGAGGCAGAGUGGCAGCCAAAUUCAGAAGAAAAAGCAAAGUUUACUUGGUGUAAUCUGUACUGCAUACAAUGGGGAACGGUUAGGUCCAUAGAAAUAUAGGUCUAUUUCUACUGCCACUCAUUCUUCAUUUUGCAUUGAACCUGACAUGAUUAAUUGUUUUAAUAGUUUUUUCAGCAUUCCUGGUCAAACCCUUAUGUAAUGACCUACAAACUUGAAUUUUUUACAAGAAAAGCAACUGUACCUUUAAAAUUGCUCCCUGGCUUACACAGAUGUGCAAAUUUUUUUUUUGAAAGUAAGCUUAUAAAUAGUACAGAACUUUAAAAGGAUUUUCCUUGGCAUUCUCUCAUGACUCAAGUUGGAUGUACAUGGAAUCUUAGAAGCAUAUCUAAUGGCAAGCAUGUUUGUUACAUUAAAGUUCCCUUGCCCUAUCCUAACAA